AUGGAAGCAGGAACUCUCAGCAGGGAAGAGCUAGUGGCUCUGCUGGAGCAGGAACGGCAGCGCAACCGGAAGACGACGUUCGCAGAGUACCUUCACGCCUGUCAUCGCUUUAUCACGAAACCCCUGACUAUCCAGACUGACAAAUCCCUUACGACCAAAGGGUCAAUCACCAGCCCGCAUGGCCGUAUUUGUCCGACGUUUCUUCAGCCAUUCGACUUUCGUGCCUUCCAACAGCCGCUUUUCGAUGAAGUAUACCGGUUCUUCCACCCGUCCGACUCCCCGCCACGCGUGUUCCCACCGUUGAUUGUGAUUGAAGACCGAGGGAAACAGGCGUGCUCGCGCCCCUUGGCCAGCGAAGCCGAUUUAGUCCGACACAAGGAAGCAGAAGUUGAGAACCCAGUGAAAGAAAUCCUCGAGCAACUGGCUCAAAUAACCGACCCCUCCGGAAACCUGCGGGAUCGCGCCCUUAGCGCGAUCCCGCCAGCCAAACGGCCAGACGGGCCAUACGGCCAAUUUCUUCAAUAA